AUGAGUCUUAUUAAAAACCAGAACUAUGAUAUCUCCAUUAUUUUAGGAGAUAUUGCAAUAUUUUUAGAUGACAUGGUUUAUAGUGAAGGUAUGGAAUUUUGCCCUAAUAUGUGCGGACGCAGUUAUCGAGGAAGAUAUCGUUCUAAAAACAUCAAACGACAUUUGAGAUAUGAAUGUGGUGUACAACCACAAUUUCAAUGUGAUAUGAAAUUGUGUGUAUGCAGUGGCGCCCAGAUAGAAUUAAGACACAAGUGGUUAUCUCAAUUAAGCAAAUUAUCCAUAAAUGAUCCAGCAAUUUGUCCAAAUAUGUGUGGUCGAAAAUAUAAAGGCUUAAGGAGAAAAUGUCAUCUCAAACGUCAUUUAACCGAUGAGUGUGGUGUGCCAAAAAAAUUCCUAUGUCAUUUGUGUUUUAAACGUUUUGCACAGAAUGAUACAUUAAAAUCUCAUUUAAUAAUGGUUCAUAAGCAAGUUCCGGUACCUCGAAAUGGUGUCUGUUAUGAUGAAUUAACAAACCCUUACUACUCUUUGGGAUCAAAAAAAUGGCUACAUUUGCUGUAUGAAAUAUCAAAAUCUGAUCCAGUGUAUUGUCCAAAUCAAUGUGGUCGCUGUUAUAGAGGAGAGCAACGGAGGGGUCAUUUAAAACGACAUUUAGAUACCGAGUGCGGUGUACCCAAAAGAUUUUUAUGUACUGUUUGUUCUGUUACAAAUUCAUACUGGAUGACUAAACUGGAUACUAUUUCUAUGUUAAACCCUGCCAUAUGUCCAAACUUCAAUUGCACGAGGAAAUACAAAGGAAUGUAUCGAAAAAAAUUAUUAAAACGACAUUUGAUGUACGAAUGUGGCGUUCCUAAGCAAUUUCAAUGUUCCAAAUCCACCGAGUGGUGUCAGUUAGAUGAGAUAUGCAAGUCUGAUCCGGCUAUAUGUCCAAACCAUUGUGGUCGCAAAUACAAAGGCCAGUACAGAAAGCAAUUACUCAAAAGACAUUUAACUCAUGAGUGCGGCGUGCCUCGAAAAAUGGAAUUGUUAUAUUGUCCAAAUAACUGUGGCCGCUAUUAUAGUGGUGAUUGGAAGAAAUCUAGUUUGCAACGUCACUUGAAACACGAAUGUGGAGUUCCAAAAAAAUUCAUUUGCUUGAUUUAUUUUCUGCAAUUACUUGAAUCGACCAAUAAAGACUCUCUUCUGGAUCCUGUGUUUUGUCCCAAUGACUGCGGACGUAGUUAUAAAGGAAAAAGUCGUAAAUAUGUACUGAAAAGACAUGUGAUGUACGAAUGUCAAACACCGCCACAGUUUUCAUGUCCUAUUUGCUCUCGACCAUUCAAACAUAUGAUAUGUUGGAAGUUAGUCAAACUAGAAGAAUCCUGCAAACAAGACCCGGCUGUUUGUCCUAACAUGUGUGGUCGACGAUACGUGGGUGUGGCUAGGAAGUCGCACUUGAAACGACACUUGUUCUAUGAAUGUGGUGUACCCAGACAGUUCAAAUGUUCUCUAUGUUUAAAGCAAUUUAAACAAAAAGUACAUCUGAAAUGUCAUCUUUUGUCAGUGCAUAAUUGGUCAUUUGACAAGAGAUUCGAAUGUCCAAAUAUGUGUGGCAGGACUUACAAAAGGAAACAAUACGUUGCAAGACAUUUAAAAUAUGAAUGCGGAGUGAUACCAAAAUUUGAUUGUAGUAUUUGUGAGAAAAAGUUUGCCUACAAAGAAUCGCUGAAGGGUCACUUAGUCAAAAUACACAAGUUGAUUAGUUAUUAG